AUGAAAUCUGCAAAAGAGGAUCUCUAUGAGUUUGCGAAUGCACAAGCAUAUCAGCAACAACUUCAGUGGUCAGUGGCCAACAAUAGUAGGGUUGAUAAAUGGAGAAAACCAGCUGAGUCAUGGGUUAAAGCUAAUUGGGAUACAGUUAUGAAUGUUCAACUCAAAAAAGUGGGGCUUGGUGUGAUUAUAAGAGAUGCUGAUGGAGAAGUAUUGGCUUGUAUGUGUUCUGUGGUGGACUCUCUGCAGAAACCAAAUGCUGUCGAAACUAUGGCGCUUAAGAGAACUGGUCAUUUGUGUGUAGAACUUGGACUCUCAAAGGUAAUUCUGGACGGUGAUUCACAAUGA